GUAUCGGAGUCCGGAUCCCCCCAGCUCGCCAGCCCCCAGGGCCCAGACCCAGAGGCACAUUGCAACUGUUUUGCUUCCAAGAGAAGGUUGAAUCCUUUAUUAUUAGUGUGAGCCCGAGGGAGUGAUCCGGAUUGCCUUCUUCAAUCUUCACCUCAAACACAACCGAAGCAGACUUAUCUCUAGUCUGUAAUUUCAUUUUUAUUUUUAUCUUUUUUGUAUUUGCGAAAAUAGAAACCAAUGAAAUCUAUCUCCAUCACCUGAAGCUCAUAAGCUCUGGCUCUGGUUCUUUAACCGUUCGGUUUCACCUUUAAGGCCGUUGUUUUUGAAUGUUAAAAUUGAUUUUAGGUUGUUUCUCUUUUGUUUUUCUGGUCCCUCUUUCACCCCUUUUCUCUUUGCGGCUUCGAAGAAUAUCAACACAAAUAAAUUAGUAAACGGGCUUCCUUGGAUUGGUUGCAGAAAGAGCAAACCUGGCUUUCAUCUUCUUCUCUUCCUCUUCUUUGGCUUCCUUUUCAUUUUCUGCUGGUGCUGAGGCUGUUGGUUCGUAGGAAACGAGCUGUUUUGACUCUACUUUCAACACCAGAACAACGUCAUUUGCUAGUCAUUUUGGAUUUGCGAUUCAAUGUCUUCGGGGAGAAUUGGGUUCUCGAUUGUGCUUGCGGAGAAAAGAUUCAAAAUUUUCGAUUUAGGGAUGGGUUUUUAACAUUUGAUGCCAUUGCUUCUUGAGCUUCACGGGCAGAGUGGUUUUGAAUGCGAAAUAGGUCUUUGAUUCUUGUUGCGGAAGUGGGACACCAAGUUCCCAUCAUAUCUCGAUGGAAACCAUGUCUUCGUCUUCUUCACUGUCUGUUGCUCAGGAGGCUUCCACUUAUGAUGAGUUGUCCAUGCAGCAAAGCUUGCUCUUCUCAGACAGUCUCAAGGACUUGAAGAAUCUAAGAACACAGUUGUAUUCGGCAGCAGAGUACUUUGAACUAUCAUAUACCAAUGAUGACCAAAAACAAAUAGUGGUAGAAACCUUGAAAGAUUAUGCCAUUAAAGCCCUUGUUAACACUGUGGACCAUCUGGGCUCCGUGACUUACAAGGUUAAUGGUCUCUUGGAUGAGAAGGUUGUUGAGGUUUCAGGAACUGAACUUCGGGUUUCUUGCAUCGAACAGCGACUGAGAUCAUGCCAAGAUUAUACCGAUCAUCAGGGCCGGGCACAACAAUCAUUGGUGAUAAUGACUCCAAAGUACCAUAAGCGGUACAUCUUGCCAGUUGGAGAAACAAUGUGUGGCUCAGGUCACACUGUAAUGAAAUAUCAAGGGUGCAAUCUAGAUGAUGAAGACAACUGGCAUCAAUUUAAGAAUGCUGUUCGAGCAACCAUUAGAGAAACACCGAGAUCUUCUGUUAGAAAGGGACGCUCCCCGUCACCUUCUCCACGGCUUUCUCAGCGACCAGGAACCUUUUCCUUUACAGAGAAACGAACACUAUCACCAUAUCGUCCUUCAUUUCCACUUCUACGUUCUGGAUCAGUCUCAAGUAGGCCAACUACACCUGUCUCAAGUAGGCCAAGCACACCUGUCUCAAGACAGCGGUACCCUUCGGAGCCUCGGAAAUCUGCUUCAAUGCGUCUUCAUGCUGAAAAGGAAAGCCCAAAAGACAUUGAACAAUAUCCUAGCAAAAGUAAACGGCUUCUUAAAGCAUUGCUUAGCCGGCGCAAGUCCAAAAAAGAUGAUACGUUGUAUACUUACCUGGAUGAAUACUAGCAGAGAAAGACAUAGAAAUCGAUUCAGAGGAGCAUGGAAGGGAGUAGAGAAAUUACCAUUAAUCUGCUUUGUAGUUUUUCCUUCAUUCUAUUUUGCACCCCAAUUUGUAGUUUGUUCUUGUUUCCAGGCAGCUGAUAAUGCUAUCAUUUAUUAUGGAUAUAUUUUUUUGAUACCAUUAAAAUGUAUUUUAUCAUUGACACUAUAUGCUAAAUUGUUAUGUCACUUUUUGUAAAUCCUACAGGCAACUUGAUUCGUCCUA